UCUAUCCAGAGACAGAGAUGUUAGCAUACACGGCUUACAGACGAAUAUCAUGAACUGUGGCAGAAACGGUUUUGUCCAAACGUUUGCGAAUGAUGUCCUUAAUUUCUGCAAUAAUGUCCAUGCAGUCGGCAAUGUAGAAGAAAAGGAAAACGAAUCAGGGCAUUGUUCAGCGAGGAUAAACUCAAAAUAUGGAGAUUCAGGCGUUUGUCGAAACCCGACGAACGCAGACGUAUGUGGAAAUUGGAAUAACACAAAUGAUGGAAACUCGGUAAAUUCAAAAUGCAAAAAAUCAGAAGCGAACGGGAGUCAGACAAAAGCAGACGACAAAACCCCAGAAAAAGGAGAUAAGGAAGGAGAAGGGAAACUAGUAAGGAAAAUCCUCAAAGGCAACGGUGAAAUAGAAACAGACCGUCACACCAUUGAAGGUCAUUACGGAAAUAAUGCAGCCAGCGACAGAGCCAACAUCUCUUACAGAAGCAAUUCACAGAUGGAUAGAUUUAAUGGUGACACCAAUAGUGACGUCACCAAUGAUCGAUUUUAUCCCCAAACCCAGGAAGACAAGGAAGCCCGAAUAAGCCGAAAAGAAGGAGGGCAUACGGAAACUGAUAACUGCCGCAGCUCUUUAGCAAAUCUUGGUUCCCUAUGUCAACCAGUUGGUAUUCCACUUAUUUGCAGUGAUGCCAUAAGCAGCUUGCAGACGAAUGUCUUAAAUCAGAUCAGUAAUGACCGUGUCGAAGGGGGUUCAAAUAACGUUUACUCUUUUUGCAAUAAUGUCCCUGCUCUCAUCAGGGCACAAGAUGACGAAACAAAUCAAAGCUCAAACAGGAUGAAUGCAACUAACGGAAACUUGGAUGUAAAUCGAAUUACAUCCAAUUGCGGUAAGUCAAACGACAUUGGGAAGCGGACGAAUUCCAUCUGCGGGAAAUUAGAGGCAGAAGAAAAUCGGGUGGACGCCAGUUGUGGAAACUGGAAUGUAAAUGGAAAAAGAACGAGUGAAUAUUGUGAAAAUAUGCACGUAAGUGGAGAUCAACCGGGAAACGCAGACGUAAGGGAACAUUCUAGAAAUUCGAAUUACGUUUACUCAGAUAUAAGCGGGGAUAGAGUGAAUUUAUAUCACGGAAAAUUAGAAAACGGAGAUAAGGAAGGAGAAGAAAUGUCAAUGAAAAUCCACAAAAGCAACAAUGAUUUAGUUGAAACGGAACCGGAGCGCCAUCCAAGAGAGGUUCCAUUUCCAUGCAAUAUUACAGGAAACGCGAAAGCAAACUUGUCUGAGGUAAACAGCUCAAAGGUGAAUAGCUUCAACGGUUGCAGAGACGUUGUCUCAGAUACUGGCCUCGUCAUUAAAAAUGCAACUAGAGAUGAUCGAUUUUAUCUGAAAACCAUGCCUGGCGAUGAAGAUGAAAGGGAAAAGGAAGUGGAAGUAGAAUACGUGAAAACGUUCAAUAGCAACAGUUCUUUAGCAAAACUAGAGUUAAGAUGUCAGCCCGUUGAUAAUUCAACUCUGGAUUCGCAUACCACAGUACAUAAGUCACAGGAGGCUAGCUUAAGCAACAACAGCAGCAGUGAUAUCGUCGUUGGACGUUCGAAUGUCAGUCGAAAUUCUGGCAGGGCUAUCCCUUUUCUUAACAAUGCGGAAGAUAAUUCACCAAGAAAGUUCUCAAACGGAACUAACCCAAAUUACGGAAACUCAGACGUAAAUGGAAAUUUAACGAAUAGAAAUUACGGAAAUUCGGAAUAUGAAGAUAAGGAUCAAGAAAUAUCUAAGAAAAUCGACAACAGCAACAAUUAUUUAGGUGAAGCGCAACCUAAGCAUAAUCCCACGAAGGUCCCAUUUCUGUGCAAUGCUGCAACAAGCAAGAGGACAGACUUUCCUUACACAAGCAAUUCACUGAUUCACAACUCUCAUGGCUGCACUGAUGUUGUCUCAGAUUAUAACCUCAUUGAGGAAGAUGUGGCCAGAGAUGAUCGAUUUUCUCCUAAAACCCAGGCAAACAAGGAGGCCCGAGGAGGUCAAAAGGAAGGAGAGUAUGUGAAAUCCGACAAGAGCAGAAACAGCUCUUUACCUACAAUAAGUCCUGUUUGCCAGCCCGUGGCUAAUCCACCUGGAUGCAGUGAUGCCAUAAAUUGCUCACAGAGCAGUAAUGAUGCUGUGAAAAAGAGUUCGAAUGACGUUCGUAGUUGCCGCAGUAAUACUCUCUCUGUUCUCGACGAUGCUAACGACGGUGGCUUAAUAGGAGAGAUAUCGAACAGAACGAAUAGAAAUUGCAAAACCAUGGAUGCGGAUGGAAAUCGGACGAAUGUAAAGAACCUCGCUCAAGAUUCAAGUGGAAAGUCGACAAAUGCAAGUUACGGAAUCUCAGACUUAAAUAGGAAUCACGCGAAUACACCGCUAUUCCGGAUUGAAAAUCCCAAUUGCUCCGAUGAUCAGCGUGUACCUGCGGCCAAUGACAAGACAGCCUCCUUCCCGAUCAUCCUCUCAAUCGAUCAGCAAGAAUCUUUCUAUUCUGAUCUCCCACCAAAGAGGCAUUUCAACUACAAAGGGAACUUUAGAUGGAAGAAACCUUUAGAAGAUUGUUCUGUGACUGUGAGGACGAAUUCAGCAGAAACAGCAGCAAUUGUUGAUUCUCCAACAAUGAAUAUUAGAAAGAUUUUACGCAUUGGGCUUUCAAAGCGACAGAAAAUACCUGCACUACAUCCAUAUAUUAAGAGAAGAAGAAUUGAUGAUGAGUGAUGUAUACAAGAGUUCUGUUGUUUAUACUUUAUACUUUUUAUACCUUUUAGCACUUACGUUCAAAGUGUCCAGAUCUGAUCUCUCACACUUAUCCUACCAUGUCAUUCUAAAAGUAAGCAAUCACAUCAUCAAAAUCUUGAAGCUUCAAGCAAUUGCAUGAUUCAUUUAAAGUAAUAUAAAUACAUUCGACAGAGUUACCUGAAUGCUAAAGGGUUAAGGAAAGAGUAGUGGUGAUGGUGGUGGUGAUGGAUUUGUGGAGUAUUUUAGGGUUUUCAGUUUUCUAUAGCCCCAAGAUGACCAUAAUUUGUUAGUGGAUUUGGUAGACAGAAACUGAAAGUCUCCUGUAGUUUAUAAAUAUGUGUGUGCGUGUGUGUGUGUGUGUGAGAGAGAGAGAGAGAG